GCCGAAACUAUGACCACAACUCUCCUUCACUCUCCUGACGCUCUGUUUAAAACUUUCUUUGAAUAUCCCAGUCGCAAUGCUCCUGUUCUUUUUCUACCUGCGCGGUCGGUCUCGGGACGCGAUCGGCCGAACCACAUGAAUCUGACUCGACGUAGUUCGACAUUCGUAUAUUAGUACUACUAUAAAAGCUAGACUACGGGCUGUCAGGAACUCAGGACUCUUGUUCGCAAACCACCAUGUCCCAACUCCCUUCUGAGCCAGAGUUUGAACAGGCGUUAUCAGAGCUGAAAACCAGCUUGGGUUCUUUCCUAAAGGCGCAUCCAACCUACCAGAAGGCACUGGAUAUCGUUCAAAUCCCCGAACGUAUCAUUCAGUUUCGCGUUGUUUGGGAAGACGACCAAGGUCAGGCUCAAGUCAACCGUGGUUUCAGAGUGCAGUACAACUCCUCUCUGGGCCCAUACAAGGGUGGUCUCCGACUUCAUCCUUCCGUGAAUCUUUCUAUCCUCAAAUUCCUCGGCUUUGAGCAGACGUUCAAGAAUGCCUUGACAGGGCUUAACAUGGGAGGCGGAAAGGGUGGAUCUGAUUUCGACCCCAAGGGUAAAUCCGAUGCAGAAAUUAGAAGGUUCUGCGUGUCAUUCAUGACGCAGCUUUCUAAGCAUAUUGGGCAGGAUGUAGAUGUUCCUGCUGGAGACAUUGGCGUUGGCGGCCGCGAGAUAGGCUACUUGUUCGGGGCAUACAGGAAGCUCAGAAACGAGUUCGCUGGUAUACUCACCGGCAAGGGCUUGCACUGGGGAGGAAGUAACAUUCGCCCGGAAGCUACCGGUUAUGGCUUGAUAUAUUUCAUUGAGCAUAUGAUCGCAAAGGCCUGCCCAGAAUACAGUCUCUCUAAGCCCUCAACCUUGGUCGCUAUCUCCGGCGCUGGGAACGUCUCGCAGUUCACGGCACUGAAAGUCAUCGAGCUCGGAGCUACUGUUGUGUCGAUGUCUGACUCCAAGGGUUCCUUGAUUGCCACUACGGACUCUGGUUUUUCCAAGGAUGUAAUUGAGAGUAUAGGUCAGUUAAAACUCAAGGGAGGUUUCUUGGACUCUUUCAAGCAAUUCACCGAUGAGGGCAAAUACACUUAUCAUCCUGGCCAACGCCCCUGGACUCUUCUUUCCAAAGUCCAUAUUGCUCUUCCCGGUGCAACUCAGAAUGAAGUCUCCGCCGCCGAAGCAGAGGCUUUGGUUAAAUCCGGUGUCAGAAUUGUAGCGGAAGGAUCCAACAUGGGAUGCACGAAAGAAGCUAUCACCAUCUUUGAAGCCUCCCGCAAGAAUGGUGGUGCGGGCGUUUGGUACGCUCCCGGAAAAGCAUCCAACUGCGGAGGUGUAGCUGUCUCCGGUCUCGAAAUGGCGCAGAACAGCCAGAGAUUGACCUGGUCUCCUGAGGAGGUGGAUACAAAGUUGAAGAAUAUCAUGAAGGAUUGUUACAAUACAUGUCUUGGUGCAGGUGAACAAUGGUCCGGUGAAGAGAAUACGGGAAACGAUGUCCUUCCCAGCUUGUUAGCAGGUGCCAACGUCGCUGGAUUCAUCAAAGUCGCGGAUGCCAUGAAGGCUCAAGGUGAUUGGUGGUAGAUCAUUAGAAAGCAAUCACCGUUUGAAGUCAGACGAAAGUCUUCUGUAGAAUCUUCUGUAUCGUUGCUGUAUUCCUAGACCUCAGUGUUAUUUGUACACUAUGUAGUAGAAGAUUAUCGUUAUGGGUGAUUUAUUGCGAGCGAAACUAAGCAGAACCGGCUAGAAGGUGGAACCAGGGAGUCUUCCCGCGGAUGUGUGCAGAUGUCAGCGC